AGAAAAUUUCACCAUAAGGUUAAUUAACUGAUUGUGGUGAUGGCCAAAUUUGUUUUGUUUACCUUCCGAAAUGACCGAAUAAAAUGAAUACAUUUUGCAUUAUAUGAUGCUAUAUUACGUAGUAUUUGAGAACUUUUGAAUUUUUCAUCUAAUUUCUUUUCUUACGACAUUAUUUAUCUUUUUUUUUACUCUUUUGAUCCGUUCGCUUGUUUUUUUUUUCCUAGUAAAAUUUACAGUCCUUUUAAACAUCUACAUCACGUGGACUUUAAUCGCCUCACUUGAUAAGAUAUUUCUUAAAGAUUGUCUUUAACUUAGGCUAGUCAAGGAUGAAUAUUCCAGGCUCUACCGAUAUUAUUAUUUUGGCGGGUAAUUCUCAUCCCGAUUUAGCCCAGAAAAUAGCAGGACGACUUGGUAUUAGAGUUGGCAACUGUUCUGUUAUCCAUGCAGCUAACAGAGAAACCCUUGUGGAUAUUGGAGAAUCUGUCCGUGGCCGAGAUGUUUAUAUUCUGCAAACGGGAACUAAAGACGUAAAUAACAACAUAAUGGAACUGUUGAUUAUGGCCUAUGCUUGCAAGACUUCGUGUGCUCGAAAAAUAGUUGGAGUUAUACCCUACCUGCCUUACAGCAAACAGAGCAAAAUGAGAAAACGUGGUUGCAUUGUAUCCAAGCUCUUGGCUAAAAUGAUGUGUAAUUCAGGAUUGACUCACCUUAUUACAAUGGAUCUUCAUUCAAAGGAAGUACAAGGCUUCUUUGAUAUUCCAGUAGACAAUUUGCGAGCAUCACCUUUCCUCUUGCAGUACAUCCAAGAAAGCAUACCUGAUUACAGAAAUGCAGUGAUUGUUGCAAGAAAUCCAGGCUCUGCUAAAAAGGCUACUUCUUAUGCUGAAAGACUUAGAUUAGGUAUUGCAGUUAUUCAUGGUGAGCAGAAGGAAUCUGAGUCAGACAUGGUGGAUGGAAGAUACUCUCCGCCUCCUAUAGUAGCUGUCUCCAGGACAAUGGAUGUUGGAUUGGAUAUUAUGCCAGUUUUGGCAGCCAAGGAGAAACCCCCAAUUAAUGUAGUUGGUGAUGUAGGUGGAAGAAUUGCUAUUAUGGUGGAUGAUAUGAUUGAUGAUGUUGAAUCCUUUGUUAUGGCUGCAGAAGUUCUGAAAGAGAGGGGAGCUUACAAGAUCUAUGUCUUGGCCACUCAUGGACUUCUUUCUUCAGAUGCACCUAGGCUACUCGAAGACUCACCCAUAGAUGAGGUGGUGGUUACAAACACUGUACCCCACGAGGUACAGAAAAUGCAGUGCCACAAAAUCAAGACGGUCGACAUUAGCGUUUUGUUGUCUGAAGCUAUUCGUCGCAUCCACAACAAAGAAUCCAUGUCCUACUUGUUUAGAAAUGUCACACUUGAAGAUUAGGCCUUAUUCCCUUUUUAAAUGUUGCUUAAUUUUUUUUUUUAAUUUUGUAAAGAUAUAAUUAAACUUAAAGUAAAAGCUCCACUAUGCCGAACAUGGAGGGAUUAUCAAUUUCCAGAUAUUUGAGAAUUUAAAAUCUGAAUUCUAUACAUUACUUUAUUUUCAGUAAAAAAUGCUAGUUACAAAAGUUUCAACCCUUAUAAAAAUAAGUCUUAUAUAAUGGUGCUUGAAACUUGUCUAAAUUGAAAUAUAAAGAAUAAACAUAGGCUUAGCUCAGAAAAAGGGACGUGUCUGUUUAUGUUUAAUGAACUGUCAACCCGCGCAGUAUCCUUAAUGGCUUUUUAAAUAAUAUAGAUAUGGUUUCAAAAGUUUAGAAUGUCAUGCAGAAAAAGUUGAAUCUACCAAAGUAGUCAAAAAAUAUUUUCGAUAUUUUGGGUACUGUGUCCUCGUAAGUGAGCGUUCAAGAAAUUACAUGUCUUUCUUUUUUUUUACGAACUUUUGGUUACUUGACUUUUCUGUUCAGUCAAAAUUCGGAUAGUCGAGCUUUUACUCAGCCUUUGGAAGUCAACUUUGAGUCUUUGUGAAAUUUCAUUUUUCCUUUUUUUUUUGGUGGUAAUUAGACCAGUAUUGAUAAUGUUGGAUAGCUAUGUUUCAGUUUAUAGUUUAUAAUUGUUGAAGAUAUUUUAGAAUGUUUUUUUUUUUUUUUCUUUGGAGAAAUUUUUUUUUUCCUCUGUAGAGAAAAACACAAAUUAUUUAAAUGUAAUAAGAAACUUAAAGCAUUUUUACUGAUGCUUAACUGUUAUAAAGAAACUAGAAUAAUUAACUUAAAACAAUUUUACCGAUGAUUAGCAGUUUUAAAAUGUGCUAUUAAUUUUUUCAUCUGAUUUAUUGUGAUUUUUCUAUGCAUUUACGUAUUUCUUAUCGUUGAAUUUGUAUAUUAGCUCUAUUCCAAAUAAUACUUUUUUUAUUGUAAAAGAUUUAUAAGAAUUUAUAUUCCAGAAAUAAAAACUUUUUUUCGUUUGAAAAAGAUGUUUUGAGAUAAUGUAACUUUUAAUUGAAAACUUUUUUAAUAUGCUUGUAUAAAAUCAUUUUGGAUAAUUACUUGAAUCUAAAUAUAAUUAAUGUUACUUAUUAAUACAAUUUUAACCAUUGCUGUAAAUAAUAAGAUUUAUAUAUCAAUAGUUAUUUCAUAGUAAUCUGUUUUUCUUAAUCUAAUUUGUAUGUACAUACCUGCCAAUUGCGCCAACUUGUCUCUAUUAUGUCCUGUAAAAUCAAAAAGGAGGCAGACCUUUUAAAAAUUAGAUGAUCGAUUAAAAUGUUUCUUAAUAUUUUCAAAAAUAAAUGAUAAAACUACCUGUAAUUUUUCUAUUAGAGAGGGCGGUUCUCCGCUUACCCACGAAAUUCUUUUUUAUGAUUUUUAUCCGAUUUCAGCUAUAAUAAUAAUAAACAAAAAUUUGUUGUGGGAGGAUAUAACAUAAACAAAAUCCGGAGUUUUGUAACUACGGCAGCAUUUCACUACAAUGUAAAAUAAUUGUGUACAUUUCUUCUUGGCUAGCGUAAAAAUAUUACUCCUGUCAAAAAAAAAAAAUUACGCAUUCAAAAUUCGUGGAUCAUAAUAGAAUUAUACGAAAAAAGAAAUCGAGAUUUUAAAAACGUUGUGGAAAUUCUUACCAACAACUGUUGAAAAUGUGAUUAUCACAACCACGGAGACAAUAACAUC